CUUUGAACCAAAUCAUCUUUUUAUCUAUCAACAAAACAACAACGUUUUUGGAGUAGCGCCAUGCCGCCCCAAAUAAAACAAGAUCUCAACCGUUCCGGCUGGGAGUCGACUGACUUCCCGUCGGUAUGCGAAAACUGCUUACCUCCCAAUCCAUACGUCAAGAUGCUUAAAGAAGACUACGGCGCCGAAUGCAAGAUCUGUACGCGACCCUACACCGUGUUUUCCUGGUCGGCCGACCGAGCCCAUGGCCGCAAGAAGCGCACGAAUGUCUGCCUUACAUGCGCUCGUAUGAAGAACUGCUGCCAGUGUUGCAUGCUCGACUUGCAAUUCGGCCUACCUAUCCAGCUACGUGAUGCCGCCCUCAAGAUGGUCGCACCCGGUCCACAAAGCGAAGUCAAUCGCGAAUACUUUGCUCAAAACAACGAGAAGGCCUUAGAAGAGGGACGAGGUACCGAAGAAUACGAAAAGACGGACGAGAAAGCGCGAGAACUUCUACGAAAACUAGCGAAUAGCAAACCUUACUUCCGAAAAGGAAGGGCUAUUGAAGAUGGAAGUGCGACCGAGUCAAAACCUAGCGGUAGUUCAACGGGAGGUGACCCCGUGGUUGGAGCAGGCAUUGGCGGACCCGGACCGAUACGAACUCGCGAUUCCAGAGCUGCUGCAGCUGCAGGUGCAAGGCCUGGCGCGAGACAGGGAAGAGGAGGUAGACCGUUCCCGAGCGCAUCGCAGCUACCUCCCGGUCCCAAGGACUGGAUGCCACCUCCCGACAAGUCUAUUAUGAGCCUGUUCGUAACGGGUGUCGAGGACGAUCUUCCCGAAUACAAACUCCGUGACUUUUUCAAGGAGCACGGAAAGAUCAAGUCGUUGAUCUGUAGUCAUAUGUCGCACUGCGCAUUCAUCAACUACGAGACAAGAGAGGCGGCCGAGAAAGCUUCUGCGGCUUGUCAAGGCCGCGCGGUGAUUGCGGGAUGUCCGCUACGAGUACGGUGGAGCAUGCCUAAGGCUAUCGGUACCAUGAACAAGGAGGAGAGAGCAACGAUGGCUAGGGAUGGACGAUCGGCGUUUCCAGAUCAGCGACGUGCACAGAACGGCCCCAAGGCUAUCGAAGCUGGGCCUGGUCGAGGUGCAUCGGGAGAGACUGGAGUUGCGCAACAGGAUCUCGAUAGUAUGUCUUUACUCGCAGCGCCGCCGGGUGCUGAAGACGUCAACUACGCUAGCUUGGCUGGAGAUUAAAUCAGAAAAGGCGAUGCAUUGCAUGGGCGGCGUUCAGGCAUAAUGAUCAUAAAAAGGUUUCGGGUAGAUAUCAAUGGUCGUUACGCAUAGCCACCUGACGAGUGGCGAUGAUGUUUGUUAGUACACGGCGGGUAUCAUGAUAUAAUACAAUGCUUCAUGGGCUCAAUGAUUUUAGCCCUUGUCAUCUAUCGCUGCACUUCUUGCCGUCAAUCUUGACUGUCUGGCCGCCCGGGAAUUUCACCGUAUCAUUGUCUCCACGUUCGGUUUCUUCGUGUAUCCGUAGCUUGUAUCUUUCGCCGUCCUUCUUGCCCUGCACUAUGUUUUGACGUAAUAUAGCAGCAACUUCUUCCGCAUGCUUUAUGGCGCCUGGUACUUCGGGGUUCGUCGGUUCAAGUGAGGCAUUGGCUCGGAAACCUUCACGUAUCGAGGAUCGCGCAGCACUUAACACUCGUUCGUCCCCUCGGAAGGCUAUACUCGCCGCUCGGAGUAAGCCUCUAUAAGCAGGUAGAGCCAUCGUCAUGUUCUUUUCAAACUCAAAU